AUGGUGCGGUGUUACAUUUUAAGCGGUGAAAGUUUAAAUGCAGCUCGGAGACUAUACGAAACAGAAUCCAUCCCAGCCCUGCAAAAUCAGGGAUUAAUAAACCCCGCAGUACCUAGUCGCGAGACAUUUUUGGCUGUGAACCAAAGGCUAUUGGACUAUGGUCAAUUUACUACGCCUGCUCACGCUCGCGGAGGUGGAAGAUCAAGACUUGCAGUUGAAAUCGAAGAUGAAAUCUUGGAUUUCUUCGAAAGGGACCCGCGAGCCAGUACACGAGAUGCCGCACGCCGAUUUAACGUAAGCCACUAUGCCGUGUGGAAGCUGCUGAAUGUGACAGGGCUACACCCUUACCACUUCCAAAAGGUCCAAGCUCUACACGAUGGAGAUAAUGUGCCCCGUCGCACCUUUUGUGAAUGGCUGAUUGCACACCCUAAUGCCAACAUUUUGUGGACUGACGAAGCAUUGUUUACUCGUGUGGGGCUUUAUAACCAUCAUAACGAACACUGGUGGUCCUUCAGAAAUCCGCAUAUGAUUCGGGAAACCCACCAUCAAGUGCGCUUUAGUGUCAAUGUGUGGGCCGGUGUUAUAUGCACGAAAAUACUGGGGCCGUACUUCAUCGAAGGGCCGCUCACCGGCGGCAACUUCCUCGAUAUGUUGCGGCAUGUCAUUGCCGAUUUCAUGGAGGACUUGCCCGUGGCCUACUUCCGGGAUUUUUAUUUUCAAGUGGACGGUGCACCACCCCAUUACGCCGCCGCCGUCCGAGAUCAUCUCACCAUAGAAUAUGGCGAUCGAUGGAUUGGACGCGGAGGCCCCAUCGUGUGGCCUGCUCGAUCGCCGGACCUAACACCGUGCGACUUUUAUUUGUGGGAUGAAAUCAAAAGACGUGUGUAUUUUGAAGAAGCACAAAGCCUCGAGGACUUAAAAGUGCAAAUUAGUGCGGCAUUUGACCACGUGAAAAAUGACACUGUAGUGCUCGCCAAAUUAAAAGACAAUGUGCAAAAACGUGCAAGACUCUGUGUGGAGAGGAACGGUAUGCACUUUGAACAAUUAUUAAAGUAUACGUAGGUAAAUAGUUAAAUUAGGUAGGAUAAAGUGAUUAGUUGAUUAUGUACAUAAAGUUGAUGAUUUUUUAAAUACGCCUGAUUGCAAAGAAUAUCUAGUUAAGUACCUACUUUUUUAUUAUUGGUUUAACUAAACAGAAUUUUAGGUAACUUGAUAUUUGCUUACCUACUUAUUUAUAAAUUUAAAGCAGUAUAGUUAUUGUAAUAGUAGGUAUCUAAUAGAAUUUUUGCAAUUUGACGGUCCUAAGCCCGUAAAAGUAUGAAGGAAAGGUUUCAACUUUAUGUACCAUUUGCCCUAGCAUGAAAAAACGAAAACAUUUUAGGUAGCUGCUACUAACUCGCAAACGUACUUGUAUUACUAUCAAUGAAUUGCGGGAAGGGGGGGGGGGGGGGGGAACUAACGUAGCGCGUAAAGCGCACGUACUGGGCAGCGGGAGCGUCCACAAAUGUAUGUUUUUUGAAAAUAACUUGGUGACGAUAUAACUCAACAUUUUUAUUCUAAACGACAUAAAAAGAAAAAACACGUAUUUCAUUAUUUGUCGUAAAGAUUAACAUACUAAAAUUUGGAGAGUGGUUUUAAAUGCUUCUUGUAUUCUGUGGCGGUAGUGGCAAGUCGUUACAUGUGAUCUAUGCGUGAGAAAUGGCGUGUUUGUACAUCUCUCUUAUCGCAUUCAGUCAACCAGAAAAGCCGUCAAUUUCAUCUACAGCAACGUCAGCAACAACAUCCACACCAGUAGUUCCAACAUCUGCAGCACAAUACGUCAUUCAAUAUGUGGAUGAAUCUGAUGUGGCAGCAACGGUUCCACAGCAAAACACUGAUGUAAAUCAAAUUGAAAAUUAUCUAAAAUUGAUUUUAGACAAUCAAAUUAAUAUGGCACAAACAAUAAAUGUUCUAAUAGACAACCAGAAAAAAAUGUUUCAUAAACUUGCAAGUCUAUCUGUGCAGAUAGAAUACGAAUUUUCCAAGUGUGACAAUACCAAAAAUACAGAUGUGGUUGCACUGGGUAAAUCCAGCAAUCCAAUCGAAAAUGAAGCUUUUGUCAUAAAACCAAUUGAUUCAGUUAAAGAGCUAGAGGAACUGGAAUCACGUUUAAGUGACAAGCAGCAAAAAAUUCAACUGCUGAAGCAAUAUUCUUUUAUAUGUUCACAAUCAGAUGGAAAAGGUGCAACAUGUGCAUACAAAAUAUUAGACAUGUUUUUUACUCGUGAUUUUUUAUGCAAGUGUUCCUGGACAGGAGGCAGUAGAAAGAGUGAGGACAUAAAAGCCCCUCUAAAGGCUUUUAAAAAUGUCCUCAAUUUCUUCCACCAACUAAUACGUAGCUGGGACCAAACUUAUACCGUUGAAAGCAAUGAAAACUUUUUCAAAACUGUGCUUAAAAAUUCAGUAAAGAGAAAACACAGCAAAAAUGAACGCGCAUCAACAAAACGUAGGAGAACAAAAAAAGUUAAACUUAUUAAUCAAAAUGAAUCUAACACCAAUCAAAUUGAUAAUGUGGUGGUCAUAGUAAACGACGCUGCAAAUGAAACAGUAAACACCAACGAAGAUGCUACGAAUGAAAGAAAAGAACAAGAGGAAGAGGUCAUAGUAGACUUCGCUGCAAAUAAAACAAUAAACACCAACGAAGAUGCUACGAAUGAAAGAAAAGAACAAGAGGAAGAGGAGGAGGAGGAAUAG